UAUAAGAGGAGGCGGAGCUAAAUUAUAUCGAUAAUUUGUUAAUCGUUCUUUGAAAUCGAUUCUAGAUGGAUCCCCCGUUGAUUGAUUGUGUGUCGGAUGUCAUGGCUUCCUCAGCUACUGAAAGUCAAAGUUUAAAUUUGAUUAAUGGUGAAAUUUUCUUUGUCACAAUCGACGUAUCUACCGAUACUUACACAUUCUGGAUUGCAGAUUCAUUAACUGGAAGAUAUUUCGACGUAACCAAUGCAGAAUUCUUUGUUUGCAAUAUGCCACCCAUGUUUGAUGAGGAGUUUAGUGAUUGUCCUCGUUACAAUUUAAGUUUCAAAAUGCCGAGAAAUUAUGUCAGAAAAAGAACCAAACCCCCUCCAUCUGAAGACUUGUUACGUAUGGCAAUUGGGGAGGUUCUGUCAGGCAAAUCAUCUAUUAGAAAAGCCGCAGAGAAGUUCAAUCUUUGUCAUUCAAGUUUAGCGUACUACAGUAAAAGAUUUGCUUCCUGUGGACUACUUCCCCCCAAAACAGUGAAACGCAGUGAACACUCAACUCAAAUUAUCCCAGCAAAGUACGAAGCUGAAUUGGCAGAAUACUUGAAGAAAUGUACACUGAUUAACCAUGGCCUUUCGCCAAACGAAACACGUGUUAUUGCCUAUUCAUUUGCUACUGCAAAUCGUAUAUCGACGCCACAGAAUUGGUCAAAGCAUGAAAAAGCUUCACAAGAUUGGCUUUCUUUUUGUCUUAAACGCAACCCUAUAAGAAAGCCAGAACAAACUAGCCAAGCUAGAGCAGCUGGGUUCAAUAAGGCGUUCAAGCCUCAUCAAAUAUGGAAUGGAGACGAAACAAACACGCCAACUGUUGUGCAGCCUCCCAAAGUGAUCGCAUGUAAAGGAACUAGACAGGUUCAGCAAACUGUGUCUGCUGAAAGGGGGACAAACGUUACCAUGCUGGCUUUUAUCAGUGCUUCCGGUACUACCGUACCACCAGUUUUCGGGUUCCCUAGAAAAAAAGUAUUGCCCCCUAUGUAUGAAAGUGGACCACUAGUAUGCAUUGGACUCGCACACGAUUCUGGAUGGAUGACUGGUCCAAAGUUUUUCAAAGCUCUUCAGCAUUUCCAUGGCUACGUAAAAUCAUCCACAACAAACCCAGUGUUGCUUUUGUUAGACAACCAUUCAAGUCACUUAGUUUACCAGGCGGUAUCUUUUGCAAAAGGAAAUGAUAUCGUCAUACUAACUUUCCCGCCCCACUGUUCCUACGUAUUACAGCCGUGUGACAUAAGUGUAUUUGGGCCAUUUAAAAAAUCUUUUGGAAAAAAUCAGAACGACUGGCUUCAUACCCAUCCUGGAGAAAGGAUAGCAAUUAGAAAUAUUGCACAACUUUCAAAUGGGCCGUUUCAAUCAACUUUCACCCAAAUAAAUAUUAUUUCUGGAUUUAAAGCAAGUGGAAUUUUUCCCUUUAAUGGAUUCGCAAUCCCUGAGUGGAGUUAUUUGCCAUGCUUUGUUACGGAGAGGCCAGCUCCAGAAGCAGAUACGUCCUCGUCACUUAAUGAUUCUACAAAUGAUUCAUCACAAAUUCCACAGGAGAAUGUAAUACCGCUCAAUCAAUUGUGCCGAAUGACACCAUCUGCUCCACAUGGAACUUCAUCUAUUCAUAACAAUGGUUUUGAGGUUGUUUGUUCUUUACCAGGGUCCUCUACACAAACCAAUUCAUCACAUUUUACUCUGGAGAAUAUAAGAUCGCUCAAUCAACUGACGCAAACGACACCACUUACUACACAUGGAACCUCAUCUAUUCAUACCAAUUGUUUUGAGGUCGAUGGUUCUUUACCAGGGUCCUUUACAGAAACCAAUGCAACCGACGAUUCACCACAUGUUCCUCUGGAGAAGAUUAGACCGCUCACCCAAGUGUGCCAAAUGACUCCACUUGCUCCACGGAAAAGAACCAGCAAUCGUUUAGGGAGUACUAGAAUCAUAACGGAUACUCCAGAAAAAGACAAAAUCGAAUAAUACCAAAGAAGGAAGGAGGAAAAAGAAAAAAAAAAGGAAGAAAGAGAAAGGAAAAAGUUGCUACCUCGGAAUAUUAUGAAGCCAUCAGCAUCAGUCAGAAAACGAAAGAAAAGUGAAACACGUGAAAAGGAAAACAACGUUCCGAAUGAUAGUGGUGAGGAAUACGUACUGCCAAUCAACAUCAACCAACACAGAACUAGAGCUGGCCGACUUGUUCAGCGAAGGACAAUUACGGAUUUGUAAAAGUUUAUGGUUCUGUCUUCAAAUCUUCUCAUAUGCCUCUCCCACAUAAUCUGUUCAAGCCAUCUAUAAUGCCUUCCAUUUCUUAUCUUUAUGUUCAUAAAUAUUCGUAAAUGUUCUUAAAUUGAAGAAAACAAAGAAAAUGUGAUAAAUUGAUUAAUGAUUGUAAGAAAACCGUUACUUUUUUACAGUAUUGGUCCAUCCUGUUCGUCAAUAUUGCUAAAUGUGGUUCAAGUAAAUGAAAAAAACAAAGAAAAUUUGAUAAUUUAGUUGAUACCUGUUCCUCU